AUGCAAAUACGUUCAACAUUAUAUACAAGUUCAAAGAAUUUAUUUACAAAUAUUAAACGGUUAGAUACACGUGAUUUAUUAUCCUAUGGACAACUUUCAUAUGAUACUAUAUUAAUAUCAAUUCAAACUAAUAAUCUAAGUUUAUUUGAUCGUUUAUUUUCUCGUCAUGAUCUUAAUUUAACAUUAUCAUUACAAAUUCUAAUUGAAAUAUAUGAUCGUUCAUUUAUAUAUAUCUAUCUGAUUUAUUUCCAUCAAUCAAAUUUAUAUGAUUUAUGUGAUGAAUAUUUUCGUACAUGGUUUGAUGAAGAUUAUUUAAUGAUAUCCUUAAUAAGUUAUAAUGUAUGUAAAUCUGGUACAUUACUUGGACAAGCAACAACAUGUUCAUUUUUAAUUGAAAGUGAUGAAGUUGAUUUAAAUUCAUAUGAUAUUUUAUUAUCAUUGAUUAAAGAUGAUAAUUUAACACAAAAAAUUAUAUCAAUUAGUCUUGAAAAACUUUUAAUAGUUGGUCAAUAUCGUAAAAAUGAUAUAUAG